UUCACAACACUGAUUUAGUGGGUGACGUGUAAGCUAGCAAUAAUUAGAUUAGAGUAAAUGAAAUUAAUAAUUAAAUCACUAUAUAUAUUCAGUAUUUAUAUAAUCCAGGAGCUACCCGGGCAACAAGGGAACACAGACAAUAUCAUCAACAAGUGUACUCUGAGAUAAAAAACUAGGGAAGAUGGGGAUUCAUACUCCCACUCUAAGGCUUCAUCUUCUUUCUGCAACGGCAGCUUCACUUCUUUUUCUGUGUUUUGUGGGGAAAGGUCAUGCCAUCGCCACUAAUAGUAGUCCUCCUACUGAAGGGAUCACCAGGAAGCUUGAUACUCGUUACUUUAGUCUCCAAAUCACCUCCCUCCUCCCCUCCACCGUCUGCAGCCGCUCCUCCUCCUCUAAAGGCUCCACGAACGGCACAUCCUUAACCCUAGUUCACAAACACGGUCCAUGCUCCCAACUCGCCCGAGCCAGCUCAUCCGCUCCCACCGCCGCUCAAGUACUCGCCCAAGACCAAUCCCGAGUCCACUCAAUCCACUACCGCCUCUCCAAGCAGCCCUUCCGCGACUCCAAGCAAUCAGGCUCGGCCGCCCUCCCCGCCAAGUCCGGCAGCAACAUCGGCUCCGCCAACUACAUCGUCACCGUUGGCCUCGGAACCCCCAAGAAAGACCUAUCCCUCAUCUUUGACACCGGCAGCGACCUCACCUGGACCCAGUGCCAGCCCUGCGUUAAAUCCUGCUAUCAGCAGCAAGACCCAAUUUUCAACCCCUCCGAGUCCGCUUCCUAUUCCAACAUAACCUGCGACUCGGCCCAGUGUUCCAAACUCGCUUCCGGAACCGGUAACUCACCGGGUUGCUCCAGCUACACCUGCCUCUACAUCAUUCAGUACGGCGACCAGUCUUUCUCCGUCGGCUUCUUCGGAAAGGAGAAACUCUACCUUGCCCCCUCCGCCGUCUUCGACGGUUUUCUCUUCGGCUGCGGCGAAAACAACCAGGGACUUUUCGGUGGCGCGGCCGGGUUGCUAGGCCUCGGCCGGGAUGAAAUCUCUAUCGUCUUCCAAACCGCUAGAGAGUACGGCAAAAUUUUCUCGUACUGCCUCCCGUCGACGCCCAGCUCGGCCGGGUACUUGAAGUUCGGAAAAGGAGGGAUUUCUUCCGGCACGAAAUUCACGCCGUUGUUGACGCGCUCGAUGGGGGCGUCCUUCUACUUCCUUGAUAUGACGGCGAUAAGCGUCGGCGGAAUGAGACUUCCGAUCCCGGCGUCGGUGUUUUCCUCCGCAGGCACUAUUAUUGACUCCGGGACGGUCAUAAGCCGGCUACCUCCGGCGGCGUACGCCGCCCUGCGGGCGGAGUUCCGACGACAGAUGUUGAAGUAUCCGAUGACGCGGGCGCUGUCGAUACUGGACACGUGCUACGACCUGAGCAAUUACGAGACGGUGACGGUGCCGAAGGUUAGUUUGUUCUUUGGCGGCGGCGUGGAAGUGGCAGUGGACUCGUCGGGGAUUUUGUUGGCUGGGAGCCCGUCGCAGGUGUGCCUGGCUUUCGCGGCGAACCAGAACGCCGACGAUAUCGCUAUCUUCGGGAAUGUUCAGCAGCAGAAGCUGGAAGUGGUUUACGACGUGGGCCAAGGGAAGAUUGGGUUUGGGCCUGGAGGCUGUGCUUGAGGUCUUGGUUGGGGCCAGUAACAAGUGUGGAUUGGGCCUAGGGCAAACAACAAGAGAUCAUGGGCCUAUAUGUCAAACAGAAUAAAAAAAUAAUAAUAAUAUUGGAACGAUUUGAGUAGGAUAGGGGAGUGAAUAUGGGCUUGUCUAUAGGGGGAAAAAAAAUCAUUUCAGUUUCAGAGUGAAGGUUUGUGUGGGAAAUGGUGAAGAAGCUUGUUUUGUGUUAUUGCAUCAAAAGGUGCUUAUUUGUUAGGGUGAUUUGAAAAGUGAAUUUUUAUUUGAAAUAUUAAACUAUAUAUGUUGACUUCA